ACACAUUUUACAUGAGGUAGCUUAUCAGCCAUAUUGGUCUUGCUGAUUUUACUUUCGAGAAAACGUGUCUUCAGUUAUAAUCUUCUCUUAACCUGUAAAGACAAUGUCAGAUAACGAAGAGGAAUUCUCAGAUGAUGACAGAGGGGAAGAAGAACCAGAGGGGGAAGAUCUUGGUGAUGAAGAUUCUGAAGAUGAUGAGCUAGACGAUGAUGAAUAUGAUGAGGAGGAUGAAGAGGAAUAUGAAGGAAGGAACAAAAAGAGAAAGAAACCAAGUCAUGGUGGCUUUAUCAUUGAUGAAGCAGAUGUGGAUGAUGAUAAUGAAGAUGAUGCGAUUGAUGCUGAAGAUGGCUAUGUUGAUAACAGCAACAUUGAUGAUAGCUCUAACCUUAGUGGAGAAGAUGUUCAUGGUGCUCGCAGACUGACCAAUCUCUGGAAACAGGAAACAGUCGAAGAUAUUGCAGAGUAUUUCAAACGUAAAUAUGCCGCCACAGAAAGCUACCCAGAUGGUAAUUACGAAACUCCUGAAGACAUCGAGCAGCAGGGGUUACUGCCUGGUGUGAAAGACCCAAGUCUUUGGAUGGUUCGAUGUCGAAUUGGAGAAGAAAAGCAGACAGUCAUUGCACUGAUGCGUAAAGCUCUGGCAUUGGAAAACACAGAAAAUGCAAUACAAAUCAAGUCUGCAGUUGCUCCAGAAGGACUAAAGGGGUACAUCUACAUCGAGGCCUACAAACAGAGUCAUCUCAAAAACGCGAUUGAUGGCUUUGGUGCUUUGAAGAUGGGGAUUUGGAAGCAACAGAUGGUCCCUAUUGGAGAAAUGGCUGAUGUGCUUAAAGUCGUAAAAGAUGUUGUGCAGGUUAAACCCAAAUCUUGGGUUCGAUGUAAAAGAGGGAUAUACAAAGAUGAUAUAGCUCAGGUUGAUUUCGUAAACACAGCACGUAACCAGGUCACAAUCAAACUUAUACCAAGAAUAGACUACAAUCAAAUGCGAGGUGCAAUGAAGUCAGUAAACGAGCAAGCUGAGAAGCGGAAAAGACGAAGAAGACCUCCGCAGAAAUGGUUUGACCCAGAUGCCAUCAGGGAGAUUGGUGGCGAAAUUACUCAGGAUGGUGAUUUCUUUAUCUUCGAAUCUAAUCGAUACAGAAAUGGUUUUCUGUAUAAAAAUAUUGCAAUGUCAGGAGUGAUAAUCGAAGGCGUCAAACCAACACUAAGUGAACUUGAGAAAUUUGAAACAUCAAUCGAUGAUGCUGAAUUAGAGCUGACUGGGAAGAAAAAAGCAGAGGAGGCAACCCAUAGUUUCGCGCCUGGUGACAUGGUUGAAGUAAUCGAAGGAGAACUGAUUCAUCUGCAAGGGAAGGUUUUGACGGUCGAUGGAAAUGCGAUAACCAUUAUGCCGAAACAUGAAGACCUCAAGGAUCCGUUGGAGUUUCCUGCAAAUGAGUUGCAAAAACAUUUCAAAGUUGGUGAUCAUGUCAAAGUAAUUGCUGGACGAUAUGAAGGCGACACAGGGUUGAUCAUCAGGGUGGAAGAUAAUGCAGCCGUUCUCUUCUCAGACCUAACCAUGCACGAGUUGAAAGCAAAACCUGACGAUUUGCAGCUGUGUACUGACGUCAGCAGUGGGGUCGAUUCUCUGGGGCAACAUCAGUGGGGGGAUCUGGUACAGCUUGACCCACAGACUGUUGGUACGAUCGUCCGUUUAGAGAGAGAAACGAUUUCCAUUCUCAAUCAGCAUGGCAAGGUAGUACAAGUGAAGCCCCAAGCUGUAAGUAAAAGAAAAGACCGAAAUGCGGUGGCUCUUGAUUCUGAACAGAAUUCGAUUCAAGUUCGAGAUAUUGUUAAGGUCAAUGAUGGCCCAAAAGCUGGCAUGCAAGGAGAAAUCAAACAUCUUUACCGUGGAUUUGCCUUUAUUUCAUCCAAGCUGAUACUUGAAAAUGGUGGCAUAUUUGUUGUAAAGACCAAGAAUCUUGUUCUAGCGGGAGGAGGCAAGGCUGCUACUAACUCACUUGGUGGCCUAAGUGGAGGCUUUGCACCGAUGUCGCCUAGGAGUCAGAGCCCUGCUAGAGACGGAGGAGGAGGUGGAGGUGGAGGUGGUGGUGGUGGCGGUGGUGUUGGUCGUGGAAGAGGUGGUGGAAUGGGAGGCGGAGGAAGAGGGCGUGGAUACAGAGACAAUACCGUCAUUGGUCAAACGGUCAGGAUUGCCAAAGGCCCUUUCAAAGGCUAUAUUGGAAUUGUCAAGGAUGCAACUGAAACACUUGCUCGAGUUGAGCUUCACACGAACUGCAAAACAAUUUCUGUUGAUCGAUCAAGAUUAGCGAUAGUCAGCGGGCAGAGCAAAGGCGGAGGUGUCACUGCGUAUGGUCAUACUCCAUUAUACGGAUCACAAACUCCAAUGUAUGGUGCACAGACACCACAGCAUGGCUCAAGAACUCCUAUGUACGGUAGCCAGACUCCAGUUCAUGAUGGUAGCCGUACGCCUCGUUAUGGGUCACAGACUCCUAUUCACGACCCAUCUAGAACUCCGUUGCAUGAUCCUUCAAGAACGCCAUCCCAUGAUCCUUCGAGAACGCCUUCCCAUGAUCCAUCAAGGACGCCUUCCCAUGACCCUUCGCGUACUCCUUCUCACGUGGGCCAUGGUGGGGCAUGGGAUCCUACGCAGCCCAAUACCCCAGCCAGGCCUAAUGAAGAUUUUGAGUAUACUUUUGACACAGUUAAUCCGUCACCGAGUUUUGGAAGUACCCCAAGCCCAGCAACCCCUAGUGGGUACACGGGGCCGUACACCCCAGGCACUCCAGCUCACAAUAUUUACGGCAGUGACUCGUACUCGCCCAUGCAACAGACACCAUCGCCAAUGCUGGGGACUCCGAUGACCCCAGGAAGUGGACUUAUACCCCUGUCCCCAAUGACUCCUGGCGCCCCGUACGAAGAAGCACCUACAAACAAGACCGUAUUCUCCACAGAUGUUGAGGUAGAAAUUCCGGAUGAUUAUGAGGAUCAAAGAUUUGCUAACAAACUUGGAGUGAUUCGCCAGAUUUCUGGAGAUACCUGCUCUGUGUUUAUUUACAGUGAGAGGGACACAAUACCUGUCAAAAUGACCGUUCUGAAACUUGUCUCACCAAACAAAAAAGACAGGGUUAAGAUCCUGGCUGGUGAUGACAAAGACAUGACAGGCGUGCUUAUCAAUAUAGACGAGCUAGAUGGAAUUUUGAAAAUGGACAAAGGCGAACAUGGCCUAAAGAUCUUCCAGCUCUCUCUGCUUGGGAAGUAUGUUCCUACAGAUUAGAGAAAGUUUUGAAGUAAAAGAAACAUGCAGCAAUAUUUUGCAUUUAUUUUUUGCAGUAAUGAGUAUAGAGACAUUCUAGACAUUUGUCGUUAAAAUUUUGUGUAAGAGAUCUGGAAAUAGUUUGGAAGUUAACAACUACCCAAUAAGAAAGCGUCUCAGUGGUAUCACGCUUACUGAUUGGCCAAUUGUUGAUGGACAGAUGUCUUAAGCCAAUUGCCAAUAAUUUAAAGCGAGUCUGAUCGUAUUAAGCAUCUUUAAAAAAGACAUGGUAACAAUCCUGUCGAUCGAUUCCUUAUAAUCUCCAGGACAGUGUCCUUUAAGUAAUACGUCGUGAGUUCCAGUCAGGGUUUCCAUGUUUUGUCACGAAAAUUAAUUAUUUUGAAAAUUAGCAAUUUUGGUGUUUACUUUUUGUAUCAAUUUUAUGAUCCAAUAGCAACUUCUUGCCAUCCCUAUGGUAGGUGUAUCUGAUAAUUUCAUUUUGAUAUUUACCUUUUCCAUUUGAAUUUUAAACCCGUAAUUAUUCUGGUCUAUUUUUCCGACAAAUACCUGACAAUUAAAUGCUUUUUUGAAUCACAAGAACAAGUUUGUCAGUUAGAAAA